UGAGUGAACGAGACCUGAUUAAGAAUGGCUCGUGCGUUCAUAAAAUCGCCAUACUCUGGGAAGAUUUAACGUUGGAAUUCUACUCAAACUAAACAAGUUCAAUUAUUUUAUUUAUGUUGUAACCCGCCACGAGGGAAAAUGAAAGGAGACAACAAUUGACUUUAUCAACAAUGUAGCUGUUGUGUUGGCAAACUGAGACGAGAUGAUUUUCAAAACGCUCGCAGGUAAAACUUCGGUUGUGGUUCUUCGUUUACCGCAGACAUUUCUAUUCUUACUGUUUCUCGGAAGUCUUGGAUUUGGAGCUUUGUUCUUUUUGCCUGAAACAUCUCGUUUGAAACGUAUUUUUCAACAUAAUUCGGACAACUCGGCAGUUAUCACCGACUCGAUGAAUGGACAAAGUGCACAGCCCAGCUCACCCAUUGGGCUCAUUGGAGCCGCUCGGUUCGAUAUUGGAGUGCUACGUAUACAAUCACAACUCUCAUCUUCAAAUGGAAAACAGACUAAUAAUAACAAGGAAAGUAGUCAAGGAACAGUUUCAAUGGAACAUACGUCUGAAGGUGACGCUGCCGACGACAAGGUGCAUACAAGGGGCGUGGUGGUAUCGAGUCGCGCGCGCUCACCUGUGAGAGUGAAGUUGAGGAAUUGUAUGCUGAGACCGCCAUAUGGCGCAAAUUAUGGAAAACCUAGCGAUCCUGAAUCUCUGCAGCGUCGGGAGAAAGUCAAAGAGAUGAUGAAGUUUGCUUGGGACAACUAUAAGCGCUACGCAUGGGGGGAGAAUGAGCUGCGACCACUCUCCAGGAAUGGCAAUGAUGGCAGGACAUUUGGUGGGUUAAGAGGUGCCUCUAUCGUGGACUCUCUUGAUACCCUCUACAUUAUGGGGCUUGGUGAAGAGUACCAGGAGGCCAAGGAGUGGGUGGAGAACAACCUGAACCUCAAUGUAGCUGGAGAGGCGUCUCUGUUUGAAGUGAAUAUCCGCUACGUGGGUGGCCUGCUGUCUGCCUACUACCUAACUGGAGAGGAGGUGUUUAAAAGGAAAGUGGUGGAGCUGGGGAGAAGUCUGUUACCUGCCUUCAACACUCCCACAGGCAUACCACAUGGAGUUGUCAACCUGGCCGGUGAUUCCAGGAGGUGGUCCGGAGGGGAUUUGGGGAGGAGCAGUGUUCUAGCAGAGUUUGGAACCCUGCAUCUGGAGUUUGUUCAUCUGUCAGAACUCACCAAUGAUCCCAUUUAUACUGAGAAGGUUAUGAAUAUUAGGAAACACCUGAACCAGCUGGACAAGCCACGUGGCCUCUACCCAAACGCUCUCAACCCAGUCAGUGGGAAUUGGGAACAGCAUUAUGUCUCCAUUGGGGCCCUUGGUGACAGUUUCUACGAGUAUCUAAUAAAAUCCUACCUGAUGUCAGACAGGACAGAUGAAGUUGCUAAGAGAAUGUACUAUGCUGCACUGGAGGCCAUAGAGAAUAACCUAGUCCAGAGGUCUCCUGGGGGGCUGAUCUACGUGGCUGAGUGGAGAGGGGGUAUCCUGGACCACAGGAUGGGUCACCUGGCCUGCUUCUCUGGAGGGAUGAUCGGGAUCGGGGCUGAACACAGCAGUCCAGAGACCAGGCAGCACCAACUGGACCUGGCUGCUAACAUCACCCAUACCUGCCACGAGUCCUACAGGCGUACACCCACUAAACUGGGCCCAGAGGUGUUCCGGUUUGAUGAUGGAGCGGAGGCCACAUCACCCAGAGUAAACGAAAGGCAUUACAUCCUGAGGCCAGAGGUCGUGGAGAGCUACAUGUACAUGUGGAGACUGACCCAUGACCCCAAGUACAGAGAGUGGGGCUGGGAGGCUCUGGAGGCUCUGGAGCAACACUGUCGACUUGCCACAGGGUUCUCUGGUGUCAUUGAUGUCUACGGCCAUAUAAUCCAACACGACAACUUACAGCAGAGUUUCUUUCUGGCAGAAACACUCAAGUAUCUGUACCUGCUGUUCUCUGACGACGAUCUCCUGCCUCUGAAGGACUGGGUGUUUAACACAGAAGCACACCCUCUACCUGUCAUCCCCAGGAACUGCUCUCAGGAGAGAGGACACAGACCCAAUUGGACUCAUUGACAGGCUUAUAGGGCUCCUUUGAAAUGGACCAUAUAUGGUGUAUGUUCAUUGUCAGGCUUAGCGCCAGUGUUUGGCCCAAACAUUUUGCCUUUAUGUUUUCAUCUCUGAGGCCUGGCCUCAAAAAGUCCUAAGAAAUGAUUGGGGGCCCCCUUUCUGGCCCUAGUCACUUUGAUUAAACUGCAGGAGAUGGAUUGUCAGUGAGACGCAUAUCUCUAUGGAUACUGUUGAACUGAUUUUGUCUUCACUGUGAAAGCUGUUGUUUCUGUGAAUCAUCAGAAACCAACAAUGAGUAUAUAUAUCUACUUCAUUGCCUCUGUGAGGGAAAUUCCCACAUCACAGGGAAUGAGCUGAACAUCAGCUGUCUGAGUGUCAAUAUUUAUUUGUGAUACGUCCAUUGUGCAUUAAAUCUGUCUGCCAUGAUAAAAAAUAUUGUUUUUUCAGUGUA